UUCAUCAAAAUUACGCCCGACGAAAGCAAUGGUGGAGAUAAAAAAAAAUUGAAUUUGAAACCGUCUUGCUCUUUUUAAAACCUUUAUCGUUAAUAGUGUAUUCUUAACAGUUUCAUAUAGAAAAUGAAGUCUUUCACUAAAAUGAAAGAAAAUUCCAAAAUUGCUAGGAAUGUCAUGAGGAACAUGGUUCAAAGUACAGUUGCAAAACUAAAAUUUAUCUCCAACCAAAAAAAAAUAAGGAAGCGACAAAAAGGGAAUCUCAACAUGAAAUCCCUUCUUGUUGCAUUAGAUGAAGAUUCUAUUGAAGGAAAGAGUUUUUUCGCUAUGGAAGAUAAGAACAAGUCUCAUACUUUAAGACAAGAUAAUAUUUUAAUGAAAGGCAUUUUAAAAAGUCUGCAGAACAACAAAGACCAGCUAUUUGUUUUAUAUAAAAAAGGUUUUGCUUCAAUAGCGCGCCUAGAAUCUUAUGAAAAUAUAAAGCAACCAGAUUAUCCAAGCAAGGUUAUUUUUUUAAGUGAUUGCUUUGAUGUGAUAAGAACUUCAAUAAAAAGAAACCCUUUUACAAUAAUACUUUUUACUAAAAAUGAAAGACUAUUGGUAUCUGCUGAAACUGAGCGCGAUUGUAUGCUUUGGUUAACUGCUAUAGAGCAAGAAAGAGAAGCUUGUGGUUCAUUUGUAUAUAAUGAGCCCAAAUAUUUAAAGUCGUGGAUCGUAAAUGUUAGAUGUCGUGGGAACUUUUCAUUAAAAGGUUGGUAUCUUUUGGGUGUUACUCUCACACAACUUGAUUUUGUAUCACAAUCAGUAGCAGGAGUUGUUUCAUCUCUCGAUGUUAAGUCAAUAGAAAGAAGUGGAUACACUGAAAAUUCAUUUUAUAUGGAAAUAUGGAUGUGUAAUACUUUAUGUUUGUUAUGGCUUGAUAUGGAAGAUCCACAAAGUGCUUGCAGCAUUGAUCAGCUCAUUAAACAGUUAACUGGUAAAGGAAAAAAAUCAUUUACUGAUAGCCCGUUACUACGAAAGUCUUAUAAAGAUAAAGCAAAAAAUAUUACUCAAAUAAAUUUAUUGUCUAAAGCUUCUCUUUAUUCCACUGAUGAAGAUGAAAUAUCAAGUGCUUCAUCUUUAUGUUCUUCUCGUUCAAAUUCUUCUGAUUUCCAAAAACUUAAUAAAUUCAAAAACUCCUCCUCUUUCUGUUCCUCUCCCGAGCUUCACCCACCAGAUCACAAAAACAGAUAUCCUUAUUGCAGCAGUAGUAGUUCAAAUGUAAGCGAGUGCAAUGACAUCUCUCUACGAGAUGGCGAAGCAAAUGAAAACUGUUUUUCUUCACUGCAUAAUACUUCUGCAUCUUCAAGUCUCGCUGAUGACGAGAGCGACGUGUUUCUGGAUUUAGAGCAAGCAGUUAGCACAAACGAUUUAACAUCAGUUUAUCGAAAUCCAACUUAUGUCGACUUCUCAUCUAAGUCUCUUCAACAUUUGUCUAUUAAUACUGAUAUUGAGGAACGGCAGAAAAAAUCCAAAUUAAAAACUUUGCUCCGGAGGAGGUUUUCUAAAAAUUUAGAAAAAGCCAGUAUUGAUAAAGAAAAACUAUCCAUUUCUGACUUACAUUCUUCGAUCUUCGCACAAUUAGAAUUUCGCCCGAGCCCUAGUGUAUUUAAAAACAUACGCACGAGAUCAGGCAUCAACGAAGAUUGUACAAAAACUAUGACGAAAUCAUUAAACAGUGAUAUCGAACCAGUUUACGAAUCUGUUCGAUCGCCUAACGAUUUUGCUCAAUCUAAAUUUCUCUCUCCAAAUAGUGAAAAGGUUUAUGGAGCUAACGAUUUUGCAACUUCUAGGCGUACUUUAUAUCGUAAUGCAUUGCCUCCUAUACCACCUCAACGGAUAACUUCGCGGUUUAGUUUUGAUGGUGUAGAUACGACAGAUUUUUUUAAUAAAAAAAAAGAAAAAGAUUCCAAAAAAGACAAUCCAUAUGAAGAAGUUUCUUACGAAAAAAUGAUAAAUAAAAGUUUAUCGACAAUCGAAAUUCCACCACACAUCACUCAAGGAUACGAACAAAUGAAUGCGGAAUCCUCUAUAGGGGAGAGCAAAUCUUAUGAAGAAAUUAGCGGCGGACCUUUAACAAGAAAUAAAAUCAAUGAUACGCAUAGAGACGUGAGUACGAAAAGUUUUUCGAAAGCGAUGGUUUUUAAAUUAACUGAAAAUGACAGUCUUAACUUUGACGAUGAAGAAGAUAGCUAUGCUAAAAUAUCUCCAUCGCCCCGAGAUUUUCAGUCUAAAGAAAAUAAUGGUGUUUUAAAAACAUUUAUGGCAAUAAAAAAGAACGAUUUGAGUAUAGGCUGCCAAUCGCCAUUGGAAUGUUCUCGUGUUAUCUCAAGAGGUACACCAGCCCAUAGUACUCCGACACAUAAUAGGGAAAUGCCUGUAUUAAAUCGAAAUAAAAUAAGUCCAUCAAUUUCGGGUUUGAAGAUGAAUCUUUCUAGUUAUACGAAUGUUUCUCCAUCUUUCCCCCAUAGUCCCAGUCAUGAUUUUGACUAUUCUGUUCCAUACAAAAAUGAAAUAAAAGAGGAAGAAUUAACUUAUUUAAAUAAUUCUUACUUAAGUAGUAAUACUACACCUGAAUACGAAAGCAUGCUUUACCCAAAUAAGCUUGACGACAAUGCCUACGAUAAUAUUGGAAAUCAAAUAAAUAAACGUUGUAAAACUCUAGCUUAUGCUGACGUUUUAAUAGAUAAACCUUCAUUAAACUACAGUGAUAAAGACAAAGAACUUCUUAAAGAAGAUGAGUGUUGUUAUAUGCAAAUAGACUUUGAAAAGUCUCAAGGGGUUAGCGAGGCUAUUAAAGAUUUACGUACGAAGCAGUCGCCGACUAACCAUCUAUCUUCAAGCAACAAAAAUGAUUACCUAACUGACCUUUCCUACAAAACCUUCAAAAAAUUUAACAAUACAUAAGAA